AUGAGUAAGGAGAGUUCUAACUGGGAUUUUCUCCUCAUAUCACCCAACCCAAUUAUACUCCCCCUCUUUACAGCAAUAAAAACAAUCACCUCAACACAUCCUUCAAUUUCUACCACUAUCUCCACCACUACUAUAACUAAUACCUCAACAACACCAGCACCUUCUUCAACCCCUCUUCUCAACACCUCAAAAACAGAUACACCACUAAAAACAGAAAAAUUACACGUUAAUAAUUCUGGUAAAGGACCAGAAACCAUAAAAUUGGAUAAUGCUUGUUUCAUUACAUUUCAAGCCGAACCUUUAGCUAAUAGACCCUCCCAUCACAAAGCACCUUUUGAAUUAAAAUUGGAUGUAGAAUCUAUUGAAGUGUGUGCUAUACGGUGUUAUCAGGACGGCUGUACGGGAGCCAUCUUUAACAAAACCAGCAAUACUUGCGAACUAAGCUACGACGACAAAUACUUCUGUUCCUCCGCCCCUAUAAUUAGCCGUUUUGCCCAUCUGGCAAAUUUGCGUCAUUUAAACGUUCUUUGGAUUCAUUGUGUUAAUUGCCGUAUGUUUUUGAUAUUUUUAAUUAAUUAA